UCAUAGCUAGCUAGCCAGCUAGAAAGCUGUACGGGACUGCUAUAGAGCUGGUUUAGGGAAGAAAGCGUUCAAGAUGGCGGAGUUGGGCCAGCCGCAGCCCGCCGCCGCCGUCAAGACGAAGACGGCGAACAUUCGGAAGCACCUGCGCAGGGACCAGGCCGCGGCGAGGAAGGCGCGCUCCUCGAGCAUCGCCGCUAUAGACUCGGCCAAGGAAAAACUGCAAAAGCAGAAAGAGGAGCGGGAAGGAAGGCGCGCGAGUCUGGACGGAAGACACCAAUAUCUGUGCGGGAUGCUUGGCAUGAAACUGACCAUGGAAGAGAGCGAGGUGGAAGAGUUCUUCCUGGACGGAGAUCAGUUGAAGAAAAUCGACACAUUUUUCGCUCCAAGCGGACCGAAGUGCCUACUUUUCUACUACGAAGAGCACGUUACAACUAAUUCUGACGGCAAGCAGGGAAAGCCGGUCAAAAAACUGUAUGUAACGGACGGAACGAAGGAGAAGUUCCCGGGCCUCGGCCUGUUUUUCCUCCGCAUCACCACCAAGCCCAUCACGGUCGCCAACAUCGCGCAAGAGCUCUACUUCGGCGCUCUGGAGGGAGACGAUCUACUGGAGGCGCUCGAGCGGCUCAUCGCGCAGGUCUUCCUCCCCGCGCUGAAGCAGCAGACGAACUGGGGGGCGCUGUCGAACGACGCCAACGGUCACAUACUGAAGGAAAACUUUCUGGGGAAACUCGCUGGAUUCGUCUCCAUCUUGUCCAACGCCCGUGCCAGCAUCGCCGACGCCGUAGAGCUUUCCCCGUGCACCCACUCGGGACUAGCCGCGGUAUCUUCUCCCGCGGACAUUGUUGCCGCAGCGGGUAGCACGGAGAUGGUGGAGGCUGCCGAGACGACGGCUCUGCAGUGGUGCAAGGAGAUCACGCAGAUUCUCACCAAGUCGGAGCAGAUGCGGAAGGAAGCGGACACCGUCGGUCCGGGUGCAGAGCUGGAGCACUGGAAAAAGCGAAUGGCAAAGUUCGACUCGCUCACGUUCUGCGUCAAGAGCCCGCAAUGCAGAGCCAUCAUCAAUGUUCUGGUGGCUGCAAAGUCAAAAGUCCUCCAGUCCUGGAAGGAGCUGGAUAUGACCAUCACCGACUUCACCAACGAAACAAAAGACAACGUCAAGUUUUUGCAUACCCUGGAAAAAUACUGCGAGCCGCUGUACAAAUGCAAUCCGGUGACCAUGCUAGACAGUAUUCCAGGCCUGAUGAACGCCAUCCGAAUGAUCAACAGCUAUUCUCGCUACUACAACACUUCCGAGAGAAUGACAGCGCUCUUCCUGAAGGUCACCAACCAGAUGAUCACGGCGUGCCGAGCCCACAUCACCGACAGUGGUUACAGCAAGCUCUGGGACCUGGAGAGAGAUGUGGCCCUCGAGCGACUCGGCGACUGCCAAAACCUCAACAAUGAGUACCAGCUAUGCUUCCAGAGAACCAAGGAGAAGCUGAAGGGUCACCCGGAGGAAAGGCCGUUUGACUUCUCUGAGAUGUACAUUUUCGGAAAAUUCAACAACUUCUGCAGGAGGCUUGACAACAUCACAGCGUUUCUGAAGACUGUUGCCACAUACGAGACCCUCGGCCUGUCUCGCAUCGAGGGAAUUGAGACGUUCAAUGCCAGAUUUGGGCUGAUAGUGUCAACACUCAAGAAGAAGCCCUAUGAUCCCUUGGAACAUCGCAAGCCUGACUUUGACGUGGACUAUCAGGAGUUCAAACUCCAACUAGCUGACCUUGAGGUUCAAAUUCAGGUAUUCAUGGACAACUUUUUCGAAAGUGCCAAGACCGUAAUGAGGGGAAUCGAGUUCACACAACGGUUCGAGCGACUGCGACUUCCCUGCCUCAAAAUACUGGAGAAGUGGAGGUUCUGUGUCACGCUGUUUGUUAAGGACAUUGACUUCAUCCAGAAGCAGUACAACGAGCAGAAAGACAAACCUCCAAUCGCCCGAAACAUGCCUCCAAUUGCCGGCCGCAUCGCUUGGAGUCAGCAGCUGUACCGACGCCUCAAGGAGCCUGUGGACAUCUUCCGAGCUCAGCCAGAGCUGAUUGCACUCGCCGAGACACGCAGGGCCAUAAAGGCUUACAAUCGCAUCGCCAAGGCCCUGGUGGAGUACGAAGUGGUGUUUCUACAGGUGUGGAAACGACAGGUGGACGAAGCUAGAGGGAUGCUCAACUGCACCAUCUUAGUCCGAGAUCCCGACUCACUCCGUCUGAUGGUGAACAUGGACAAGAAGGUUUUCGAGAUGAUCAGGGAAGUCGGGGUACUCCGUACGAUGGGGUUCGAAAUCCCUCUCGCUGCCCGCAACUUUGCAUCACUAGAAGGCUCCCUAAAGUCUAAAUUUGACGGAAUCACAUUUAUGGUCGAAGAGAACGACAGGAUUCGCAGCAAGAUUUCCGAGAUCUCGCCCACCGAGCUCUUCUCGCCACUGAUGGAGCCACAUCUGGAGAAGGUGGACGAGGUCAUAUCUCCCGGUCUUACGGUGCUCCGUUGGACCUCACUCAACAUCGACUCCUUCCUCAAGUCGGUGGAGGAGAACCUCAAGGAACUGGAACUUCUGGUCGAGCGAGUUUCAAACACGUAUGAGUUCCAGAUUCAGGGAGUUCUGACGGAGAUAAGAAACAUGGAGCUGUGUGCGCUGCCUGAUAGCGAGCCUUGGACCGUCGACGAGUUUGUAAACAGUACACAGAAAACUUGUAAAGCAGCAGCAGUUAGGCUGGACACAAUGACUAUGAAGGUGGAGAGGGCUGCGCACGACUUAGUCAACAUCCUCAUCUCUUCACUGGAUGUGGAGGUAGCCCUUGAGUCUGCCGCUGGCUCUGGAAGGGCUACUCCUGCCACAAUGAUUACUCUCCCAAAGAAAGAAGACAUUGCUGAAUUGGACCUCAAGCCAGGUGAGCUAACAAAGAUGAGAGAGGCAAAAAAGACGGUAGACCUACGAAACGACGCUUUGAAUCUGUUCGACCACUUUGAGCAUGCAAACCUCGAUGCACUCAUUAAGCUCACGCGCAACACCCUAGAGGGCAUCCGGCGUCGCGUCACGCCACCAUCCAGUCUCCUAUACGGUGAUGCCUCGGUUCAGAGGAAGCAGGACCACCGGCCGGCCUUCAAAGUGCACCUUGCACUUGCCAUCCCCAAUGUGAUGCUCAAGCCUCGCCUGGAAGACAUACAAGCCUCCCUCAACACGACGGUACAGCUCAUCCUCAGCGUGUACAAGACAGUGUACCAAUGGGGCCAACCAAGGGAGCUUCCAGGAACACCUCUCGGAGGUGGAUCCCAAGGGGCAAGCUCAACCCACUUGUCUGCGGUCCCCAACCAGUUGGCUUCGAUGUCGGUAGUCAUGCAAGCCUCUCGCUCUCAACUCACCGCCGAGGCCCAAAAGAGGCACCUGGCAGAGCUCAAAAACUUCUUCCACGAAGUUUCCCAGCACAAGGAGGUGGCGAAACUGACCUCAGUUCUCUCGACUACUUUCAGUUCCGCCAAGAUUCUGGUGGAGCAGGCUCUCAAGUACUUUGAGCCCUACCAGCACCUCUGGAUGGAAGAGAAAGAGGAGAGCAUUGCAAAAUUCCUCGAAUCCAAGCCACUGAUCAUCUCAGACUUUGAGGCUCGAAUCAAAGGCUACGAACAGAUGGAAUCGCUCGUCAAAGAAGGAGUGGAUGAGCUACCGGUCGGCACACUUGUGCUAGUAACAGAGGACCUGAAGAUAGCCAUGGCAGCCGAGGCUAACGCCUGGAAGGUGCUGUAUGGACGCAAGAUGAACACAGAGUACCUCACGCUCAUGGAUAACGUCAUGGAGCAGAUUGAAGACCUCUCCAGAAGGCUAUCACGGCCCAUAAAGGACCUGGACGAUGUCCGACAGGCCAUGGCCACACUGAAAGAGACCCGCGAGAAGGAGAUCUACAUUGAUUCUUGCCUUGGACCAGUCGAAGAGUCGUAUAGUCUACUGGCAAAGUUUGGAAUCCAAGUGGCGAGAGAAGAAGCAGACAAAGUUGACACGUUUCGUUACUCUUGGCAGAAACUGCUAACACUGUCGAAAGAAUCACAGACAGAGUUGAUCAAAAUCCAGCCCCAGUUCGAAGAAACGCUCGUCACAAACGUCGAAGUGUUUCAGAAAGAUACCACGCAGUUCUAUGACGAGUAUGAUACGCAAGGUCCAAUGGUUCAAGGGCUUGCACCGCGAGACGCCAGUGACAGACUCUACAUCUACCAGACCCGAUUUGACGACCUCUGGCGGAGGUUCCAGAUCUACACCGACGGAGAGGAACUCUUCGGAAUGCCCGUCAGCAACUACCCCGACCUGGGACGAAUCAAGAAGGAGCUCAAUCUGCUGCAGAAGCUCUACGGUCUCUAUAACUCAGUCAUGGACAGCAUCGAUGGCUACUACGAUAUUCUAUGGGCAGAGGUCGACAUUGAUAAGAUCAACAAUGAACUAAUCGACUUUCAGAACAAAUGUCGCAAGCUUCCCAAGGCUCUAAAGGAGUGGGAAGCCUUCAACGAUCUGAAGAAGAAGAUCGACGAUUUCAACGAGACGUGUCCGCUGCUGGAGAUGAUGGCAAACAAGGCCAUGCUGGAGAGGCACUGGAAGAGAAUGGCGGAAGUGACUGGUCACGGCUUCGAUACCGAGUCUGAGUCUUUCCAACUUAGAAACAUUAUGGAGGCACCACUGCUAAAGUUCAGGGAAGAUAUUGAGGAUAUCUGCAUCAGUGCCGUGAAGGAAAGGGAUAUCGAUGCUAAACUGAAGCAGGUCAAGGCAGACUGGGCCGUGCAAAACUUUGCCUUUGCACCGUUCAAGACUCGCGGGGAGCUGCUACUGAGGGGAGAGGAGACCCAGGAAAUCAUCUCUCUCAUGGAAGACUCGCUCAUGGUGCUCGGAUCUCUCAUGUCCAACAGGUACAAUGCUCCGUUCAAGAAAGAAAUCCAGUUGUGGGUGCAGAAGCUGUCCAAUUCAACGGAGAUAAUUGAGAGCUGGCUCAUAGUGCAGAACCUGUGGGUCUACCUCGAAGCUGUGUUUGUUGGUGGUGACAUUGCCAAACAGCUACCAAUGGAAGCCAAGAGGUUUGGCAACAUUGACAAGUCAUGGGUAAAGAUUCUGACCAAGGCCCACGAGACUCCCAAUGUAGUCACGUGCUGCGUGGGGGACGAGACACUGGGUCAGCUCCUUCCCCACCUCCUUGAGCAGCUGGAGCUCUGCCAGAAGUCGCUCACUGGCUACCUGGAGAAGAAGAGACUCGUCUUCCCUCGGUUCUUCUUCGUGUCGGACCCAGCCCUGCUCGAAAUUCUGGGACAGGCAUCCGACUCCCACACAAUCCAGGCUCAUCUUCUGAGUGUCUUCGACAACAUCAAAGAACCUGAAACUAUUGAGCUGGAUAAGGCAGUGAUGACAACGGGAAACGUGGAACACUGGCUGGGCGCACUUCUAAAGCAGGCUCUGCACUCUGUGCAUGUGGUCAUAAAGAAUGCCUACACGGCAAUCUCUGACCCCAACAUAGAGCUGAUUGAAUUCCUCAAUUCAUAUCCUGCUCAGGUGGGUAUCUUGGGGAUCCAGUUCAUUUGGACCAGGGAUGCCGAGAUUGCACUGGCCAAUGCUCGACAGGACAAGAAGAUAAUGGGUAAAGUGGACCAGAAGUUUCUGGGAGAUGCUGAACGAGCUCAUCGAGUGACGACGCAGAACCUCUCGAAGAUCAACCGGCGGAAGUUUGAAACCCUCAUCACCAUCCAUCUGCAUCAACGUGACAUCUUCCACGACCUGGUGUUGCUCAAGAUAAAGUCUCCGGUCGACUUUGAGUGGCUGAAGCAGAGCAGAUUCUACUUCAAUGAGGAGACCGACAGGACAAAGAUCUCCAUCACCGACGUCGACUUCAUCUACCAGAACGAGUUCCUCGGUUGCACGGAGCGACUCGUGAUCACUCCCCUCACCGAUCGCUGCUACAUCACCCUGGCACAGGCUCUGGGGUUCAGCAUGGGAGGAGCUCCAGCCGGUCCAGCAGGCACAGGGAAAACUGAAACCGUGAAGGACAUGGGGCGGGCGCUGGGCAAGUACGUCGUGGUGUUCAACUGCUCGGAUCAAAUGGACUUUCGGGGUCUGGGGAGGAUCUACAAGGGGCUGGCACAGUCGGGGAGUUGGGGGUGCUUCGACGAGUUCAACCGGAUCGAGCUACCGGUUCUGUCAGUGGCUGCACAGCAGAUUGCCAUCGUCCUCAUGUGCAAGAAGGAGAGAAAGUCGUCGUUCAUAUUCACAGACGGCGACACGGUAACAAUGAAUCCCGAGUUUGGGCUCUUUCUGACAAUGAAUCCUGGGUAUGCUGGACGCCAGGAGCUACCUGAAAACCUGAAGAUGAACUUCAGACCCAUCGCCAUGAUGGUGCCAGAUCGUAAGAUCAUCAUCCGUGUCAAACUGGCCAGUUGCGGUUUCCUUGAGAACAUACCACUCUCCGAAAAGUUUUACACACUCUACAAACUGUGCGAGGACCAGCUCUCAAAACAGGUUCACUAUGACUUUGGUCUGCGCAACAUCCUCUCUGUUCUGCGAACGCUCGGAGCGGCAAAGAGGGAUAAUCCGGAUGACAGUGAGAAGACCAUUGUCAUGCGAGGCCUGCGAGACAUGAACCUCUCCAAACUGGUCGACGAAGACGAGCCCCUGUUCAUGAGUCUCAUCAACGAUCUCUUCCCUGGGAUCAACAUAGCCAAGGCGGUCUACCCGGACCUGGAGGCAGCCAUUGAUCAAGAGGUAAAGGCGGCAGGUCUCAUCAACCACCAGUUGUGGACACUGAAGCUGAUCCAGCUGUACGAGACACAGUCCGUGAGGCACGGCUUCAUGGUGCUCGGCCCAACCGGCACCGGGAAAACCAAGUGCAUCAACAUCCUCAUGAAGGCCAUGACUGACAUCGGUGUCAGUCACAGAGAGAUGAGAAUGAACCCAAAGGCUAUCACGGCUCCACAGAUGUUUGGUCGGCUUGAUGUCGCCACAAAUGACUGGACCGACGGCAUCUUCUCCACAAUGUGGAGGAGAACACACAAGGUGAAGAAAGGUGAGCAUAUCUGGCUUGUUCUGGACGGUCCAGUGGAUACCAUCUGGAUCGAGAACUUGAACAGCGUCUUGGACGACAACAAAACCCUCACCCUUGCCAACGGCGACAGAAUUCCCAUGGCACCGGACUGCAAAAUUGUAUUCGAACCUGACAAUGUUGACAACGCGUCUCCGGCCACCGUUUCCCGGAACGGAAUGGUGUACAUGAGCUCAUCUGGACUGGACUGGAGGCCCAUCAUGCAGGGCUGGCUCCUACACAUGCUGGCCGAAAAGAAACUCACCCAGCAAGAAGCUGACAUACUCCUCGACCUAUUCGACGGCUCCUUCCUGAAAAUAUACCAAUUCUCCACCAUCAGUUGCGAGGCAAAGAUGAGACUUCUCGAAUGCAACUAUGUCGCUCAGGCCUGCAACGUCCUGGAGGGCCUGAUUCCACAAAAGGAGAAAGACGACACCCUAUCUCUUCAAAGACCGCAUUUGGAGAAGCUGUACAUUUUCGCCGUCAUGUGGAGCGUUGGAGCGAUUUUGGAGCUGGGCGACAGGGCCAAGAUGGAGACGUUCAUGAGAGAGAACACGGAGCUAGCCCUUCCAGCCUGCGAGGGCGGCAGUGGCGACACAAUCUUUGAGUUCUUCGCCAACAAAGAUGGCGAGUGGGAGCACUGGAAGACGCGAGUCGAGGAGUAUGUGUAUCCCAAGGACAGCAUUCCUCCCUAUUCCUCCAUUCUGGUUCCAAACGUGGACAACGUUCGUACUGACUUCCUCAUCGACACCCUGGCCAAACAGAGUAAGGGUGUUCUUCUGAUUGGGGAGCAGGGAACGGCCAAAACAGUCAUCACUCAGGGCUACAUGUCGAGAUACGAUGUGGAAGAACACCUCAGCAAAAGUCUCAGUUUCUCUUCAGCUACAACUCCCGGGCACUUCCAGAGGGCCGUUGAGAGCUACAUCGACAAGAGGAUUGGAACCACGUACGGUCCGCCAGCAGGUAAGAAACUGACGUGCUUCGUCGACGAUGUCAACAUGCCCGUCAUCAACGAAUGGGGAGACCAGAUCACCAACGAAAUUGUUCGACAAGUGAUGGAGAUGAGUGGGUUCUACAGUCUCGAUAAACCAGGUGACUUCACCCACAUCCAAGAUGUGCAGUACAUAGCUGCCAUGAUCCAUCCUGGAGGAGGGCGAAACGACAUCCCCUCGCGACUCAAGAGGCAAUUCUGCAUUUUCAACUGCACCCUCCCUUCAAAUGCCUCGAUCGACAAAAUCUUUGGGCUCAUUGGUUCCGGUUACUUCUGCAGGGAGCGCAAAUUCCCCCAAGAGGUCGUGGACAUGAUCCCUAAGCUAGUUGUCAGCACCAGACACCUCUGGCAGGCAACCAAGGUAAAGAUGCUGCCAACCCCCGCAAAGUUUCACUACAUAUUCAAUCUUCGCGACCUCUCGCGUAUCUGGGAAGGGAUGCUGCACGUCGACAGUGACACUGUCACAACUGUACCGACACUCCUCGGACUCUGGAAGCACGAAUGCACGCGGGUGAUUGCCGACCGGUUCACAAGCGCCGGAGAUAAGGAAUGGUUCGAAAAGUGCACGUUCCAAUCAAUUUCUGAGACGAUCGAUCCAGAAACAAGCGCAAUCGUCCCUAAAGAGCCAUACUUUGUUGACUUUCUCAGGGACCCUCCAGAACCUACUGGUGACGAGCCAGAAGACUUUGAGUAUGAAGCUCCAAAGAUAUAUGAGCCUAUACCGGGCUACCCUGAAAUGGAGGAGCGUCUGCUAAACUUCACUCAGCACUACAACGAGACAGUGAGGGGCUCGGGAAUGGAUCUCGUGUUUUUCAAAGACGCAAUGGUUCAUCUCUUCAAGAUCUCGCGCAUCAUUCGCACGGACAGGGGCAACGCAAUGUUGGUUGGCGUGGGUGGUUCGGGGAAACAGAGUCUUACCCGCCUCGCCUCGUUCAUCGCCGGGUACAAGUCCUUCCAGAUACAGCUGUCGAGGUCCUACAGCGCCAAUAACCUACUGGAAGACCUGAAGAUCCUCUAUCGCGUGGCCGGAGUGCAGGGCAAGGGAGUCUCAUUCAUCUUUACAGAUAACGAGAUCAAAGACGAGGGGUUCUUGGAGUAUAUCAACAACGUCCUUUCGUCCGGUGAAGUAUCGAAUCUCUUUGGCAGGGACGAGAUCGACGAAAUUAACAGUGAGUUGAUCCCCAUCAUGAAAAAGGAGUUCCCGAGAAGACCACCAACUCCGGAAAACCUGUAUGAUUAUUUCCUUUCGCGGUCAAGAAACAACCUCCAUGUGGUCCUGUGUUUCUCUCCAAUUGGUGAGAAGUUUCGCAGUCGAUCUCUCAAGUUUCCCGGCCUCUUCAGCGGCUGUACAAUGGACUGGUUCAGUCGCUGGCCGAAAGAUGCCCUCAUCGCUGUUGCCAAGCACUUUGUGGGGAAAUUUGACGUCGUAUGCACGGAAGAGGUAAAGCAGGAAGUGGUGGCUACAAUGGGUAUCGUACAAGACCUGGUGGCAGAGUCGUGCACUGCUUACUUUGAGCGGUAUCGUCGAUCAACCCAUGUCACGCCGAAAUCCUAUCUCUCAUUCCUAAACGGGUAUAAAGUGAUCUAUAACGAGCAGAAGAGCUACCUGGACAAGCAGGCACAGAGAAUGGAUACAGGUCUGGACAAGCUCUUGGAGGCCAGUGAGUCCGUGGCUGAGCUCAGUAAAGAAUUGGUAGUAAAGGAGAAAGAACUGGCUGUGGCGUCCAAAGAGGCUGAAAAGGUACUCGAGGAAGUGACGGUGAAAGCUGGAGCAGCAGAGAAGGUAAAGGCUGAAGUUCAGAAGGUUAAAGACAGAGCUCAAGGAGUGGCUGACGUGAUUUCUGCCGAUAAACAAGUCGCCGAGGCAAAGCUUGAGAAAGCUCGACCGGCACUCGAACAGGCUGAAGCUGCACUACAAACCAUCAAAGCAUCCGAUAUUGCGACAGUACGAAAGCUGGGGAAACCGCCCCACCUCAUCAUGCGAAUCAUGGACUGCGUACUACUGCUGUUCCAGAAGAAGCUUAAUACAAUGGCAAUGGAUGCAGAGAGGCCCGGACCUGCCCCGUCGUGGUCCGAAUCCCUCAAGAUGAUGAGCCAGACCGGCUUCCUGCAGGCCUUGCAGAACUUCCCCAAAGACAGUAUAAAUGACGAGACCGUAGAACUGAUGCAACCGUACUUUGUCAUGGAAGACUACAACCUUGAAACAGCCAAGAAAGUGUGUGGAAAUGUGGCAGGCCUGUGCUCGUGGACUGCAGCAAUGGGAUCUUUCUUCGCAGUGAACAAAGAGGUCUUGCCACUAAAAGCCAACCUGGCAAUUCAAGAGGUCCGAUUCCAGACGGCUUCUGAGGAGCUAGCUGGAGCCAAUGCCCAGUUGAAAGCAAAGGAGGAGGAGGUGGCAGUCGUCCAGGCCAUGUACGACGAGGCAAUGAGAAAGAAACAGACUCUGGUGGAGGACGCAGAGACCUGUCGGAGGAAAAUGAAGGCAGCUCGGCUCUCAUUGAGGGGCUCAGCGGGGAGAAAGACACAGCUCCUGAACGAAUGGAAGAAGGAGAUGUCAAAUAGGAAAAUUCCAUUCACCCAGAAACUCAACCUCCUCGACAUGCUGACAGAUGCAACCACAAUAGGAGAGUGGAACCUGCAAGGCUUGCCCAACGACGAGCUGUCCACACAAAAUGGCAUCAUAGUAACCAAAGCCACCCGCUUUCCACUUCUGAUCGACCCUCAAGGCCAGGCAAAGACCUGGAUCAUGAACAAGGAGGCCGAGCGGCAGAUGCAUGUCACCAACCUCAACAACAAGUUCUUCCGUUCGCACCUGGAGGACUGUCUCUCCCUCGGGAACCCACUUCUCAUAGAAGACGUGGAGGAGGACCUGGAUCCGUGUCUGGAUAACGUCCUCGAGAAGAACUUCAUCAAAUCUGGAACAGCUUUCAAAGUCAAAGUUGGAGAUAAGGAAGUUGACGUGAUGAAGGGGUUUGUCCUAUACAUCACUACAAAACUGCCAAAUCCAUCUUACACACCUGAGGUGUAUGCCCGUACGUCUAUCAUUGAUUUCACCGUGACAAUGAGAGGUCUGGAGGAGCAGCUGCUCGGCCGGGCCAUCCUCACAGAGCGGCAAGAGCUUGAGUCCGAGAGAGUGAAGCUGAUGGAGGAAGUCACGGCCAACCAGAAGAAGAUGAAAGAGCUGGAAGACACCCUUCUCUACAGACUGACCACGACAAAGGGGUCACUGGUGGAUGAUGAAUCACUCAUCGAGAUGUUGCAAACAACCAAGAAAACAGCAGAGGAGGUGAGCCAAAACCUGAAAGUAGCCGCUGAGACAGAAACGAAGAUCAACUUGGCCCGCGAAGAGUACCGUCCUGUUGCUUCCAGAGGAUCCGUCCUCUACUUUCUCAUCGUGGAAUUGUCGAUGGUGAACGUCAUGUACCAGACGUCCCUCCAGCAGUUCCUGGGAAUCUUUGACCUCUCCAUGGCACACUCGGCCAAGUCCCCCGUCACAGUCAAGAGGAUCAACAACAUCAUCCAGUAUCUCACCUUUGAGGCUUUCCGAUACACAAUCCGAGGUCUGUACGAGGAGCACAAGUUCCUUUACACGCUUCUACUGGCCCUCAAGAUCGACAUGCAGAAGGGCCACGUGAAGCAUCACGAGUUUCAGACGCUCAUCAAGGGAGGAGCUGCACUGGACUUGAAUGCGUGCUCGCCGAAACCGGCAAAGUGGAUCACCGACAUGACGUGGCUCAACAUUGUCGAGCUCUCAAACCUGCCACAGUUUUCCGAGCUGCAAAACCAGGUCAGUCGAAACGACAAGAGUUGGAAGGCAUGGUUUGACACAGAAGCUCCAGAGGAAAACCCAAUUCCUGAUGGCUACAAUGCCCUGGACACGUUUCGUAAACUUCUGCUCAUUCGGUCUUGGUGUCCAGACCGUGUGCUUCCCCAGGCCCGCAGGUACACUGCAGAGUCACUGGGCGUCAAAUUUGCUGAGGGAGUGAUCCUGAACCUGGAGGAAAUGUGGAAGGAGUCGACCCCACGAGUCCCCAUGGUUUGCUUCCUCUCCAUGGGCUCUGACCCAACCAACAGCAUCGACACGCUGGCCAGGAAACAUGAUUUGACAUUUGGGUCGGUGUCUAUGGGGCAAGGCCAGGAGGUGCAUGCAAAGACGACUGAUAAACCAGUGCCACGCACAGGUAUGAUACAAGUUGCCCUUGAGUAUAGUGCUGUCUGUGUGAUGAGGACAACUCAAAUGCAGGGAGGCUGGGCAAUGCUACAAAACACUCACUUGGGUCUGGAUUUCCUGGUCGAACUCCUGACCACGGUCCACGAUACGGAGAACGUCCACGAGAGCUUCCGCCUGUGGCUGACGACUGAGGUCCACCUAAAAUACCCCAUAAACCUCCUGCAGGCCUCCAUCAAGUACAGUUUCGAGCCACCGCAGGGAGUCAAGGCCGGACUCAAGCGUACUUUCACCGACAUAUCGCAAGAGGAGCUCGAAUACUCCAACUUGCCCCAGUGGAAACCUCUGCUGUACACGGUGGCCUUUCUGCACACGACAGUCCAGGAGAGGCGAAAGUUUGGGCCCCUGGGUUGGAAUAUACCCUAUGAAUACAACCAGGGAGACUUGAACGCUUCCAAGCAGUACGUCAUGAACAUGCUGGACGACCUGGACCUCAAAAUUGGGAUAUCGUGGGGAGCGGUGCAGUACAUGAUCGGGGAGAUCCAGUACGGUGGCCGUGUGACUGACGACUAUGACAAGAGACUACUGAACACCUAUGCCAGGCUCUGGUUCAAUGAAGGGAUGUUCAAGCCCACAUUCCAGUUCUAUAAGGGAUAUGGCAUACCAGUCUUCAAGGUUGUCAAGGAAUACAUCGACUACAUUGAGAAAUUGCCUUUGGCCGAUACUCCAGAGAUAUUUGGAAUGCACCCAAAUGCAGAUAUCACGUACCAGAGCAAUACAGCCAAGACUUGCCUGGACACCAUCCUCUCGAUCCAACCCAAGGAUAGCUCCAGCGGAGGAGGAGAGACGAGAGAGAGCAUCGUGACGAGGCAGGCAGGGGAGAUGCUCUCCAAGCUCCCAGCCGACUACAUCCCCCACGAGGUCCGGGAGCGACUGAAGAAGAUGGGUGCCAUCGCUCCCAUGAACAUCUUCCUGCGGCAGGAAAUCGAUCGGAUGCAACGCGUGAUCACCGUCAUUCGGACGACUCUGCAAGACCUCAAUCUUGCCAUCGAGGGAACCAUCAUCAUGAGCGAAAAUCUCAGAGAUGCGCUGGACCGUAUUUAUGAUGCAAAGGUGCCCAAGACAUGGGGAAAGAUCUCGUGGGAUUCAACGACCAUUGGGUUCUGGUACACGGAGCUGCUUGAGAGAGACGCGCAGUUCCGGAGCUGGGUCUUUGACGGGAGACCCAGCUGCUUCUGGAUGACGGGGUUCUUCAACCCGCAGGGCUUCGUGACGGCCAUGAGGCAGGAGGUGACUCGAGCACACAAGGGGUGGGCGUUGGACUCGGUCAUCGUCCACAACGACAUGACUCGGAUGAACAGGGAAGAGUGUAAAACUCCGCCGGACGAAGGGGUCUACGUAUACGGUCUGUUUCUUGACGGAGCCGCGUGGGACCGAAAGAACAACCGGCUGACCGAAUCCACACCAAAAGUCCUCUUUUCGUCGAUUCCAGUGGUGCACAUCUAUGCCGUGAACACCAAAGACACUCACGACCCGAAACUGUACGUGUGUCCCGUGUACAAGAAACCGCACCGCACCGACCUGACUUACAUAACGGGUUUGCUGCUGAAGACGGUACAGACACCGGACCACUGGAUCAGGAGGGGCGUUGCCCUUCUCUGUGACAUCAAGUAGCUUACGCACAAUAGUAAAGUGGUAGUAUGGUGUAUUAGGCGCGCGCACAUAGAAACACAAGAUGUAUUUUAUAUACGUAGUUAGCCAUAUUUUGCAAAGCGUAGUGAGAAAA